ACUUUUUUUUUCAUCAUGAAUUUAAGGACGCCCAAAACUGCUACAGUGCCAACUGUGCCGCUCGUUUUUUAGGGUUCAUCGUGUUCUUGUGUAGAGAGAGAGAGAUCUCUCUCUAAAUUACACACUCCCUCUCUCUGAGAAUGAUUGUUGCAUCACACACCUGACCUGAGUGGAGGUACAGCUCUUCAUUUCCCAUUCCUUGUUUGGCAAGGGUUUUGGCUCUUAAACCUCCUCACACUCUCUCUCUCUCUCUCUAGAAUCGGCAUUGUUGGGCUGAGAGAGCUCAUCUAUAUCUUGAUUCUUUUGCUAAUUUCGGUCCCAUGGAAUACAGUUCAGAUGAAGAGUCAGAUUUGAGUGAGUCAGAAAUCAAUGAGUACAAAGAGAAACCUUAUGAGCAACUGAGGACUGGGAAGUACAAAGUAAAGAAUGCAAAUGGCACUCUCAGGUGCCCCUUCUGUGCAGGAAAGAAGAAACAAGAUUACAAGUAUAAGGACCUUCUUCAACAUGCCUCGGGAGUCAGUAAAGGUUCUGCCAACAGAAGUGCAAAACAAAAGGCGAACCACCUUGCACUGGCAAUAUACUUGGAGACUGACCUAGCGGACGAGGCCGAGCCACCACAACAUGUGAUUGAACCAGCUCCAGUAUCUGAGAAGUCCGAGCAAAAUGAUUUAUAUUGCUGGCCUUGGACAGGGAUUGUCACAAACAUUGUCAACGAGAUAGAGAAUGGAAAAGCUUUGUGUAGCAGUGGAUAUUGGUUGAAGAAGUUCUCUAAAUUUAAGCCUCUAGAUGUUGAGAUUUUUUGGGAUGACCAGAACCAAACUGCCCAAGCUGUUGUGAAAUUUGAUAAUGACUGGACUGGUUUUAAGAAUGCCAUGGAAUUUGAGAAGACUUUUGAAGCUGAUCAUCACAGUAAAAAGGAGUGGAAAGCUCAGAAAGGACUUUCUGGUUCAAAUCUUUAUGGAUGGUUUGCGCGUGCUGACGAUUAUAAUUCAGAAGGUUUAGUUGGUGAGUACCUUCGUAAAGAAGGAGAGUUGAAGACAAUCUCUAACCUUGUCCAGGAAGCCACUCAAGAUAGAAACAAAAUUGUGGCUAACCUAGCCAAUGAGAUCGACUUAAAAAAUGAAAAUUUGGAUGAGUUGCAGUACAAAUACAAUGAGAAGACAAUGUCUUUGAGCAGGAUGCUUGAGGAGAAAGACAUGCUACACCAUGCAUUCUACGAAGAAACAAGGAAGAUGCAGCGUCUAGCACGAGAGCACAUUCGAAGAAUUUUAGAUGAACAGGAGACGCUGAAUUAUGAGUUGGAGGCCAAGAGAAAGGAACUUGAUUCUUGGAGUAAACAACUAAACAAACGUGAAGCAUUAACUGAACGAGAGAGACAGAAACUUGAUGAGGAGAAAGAGAAGAAUACGACAAGAAACAAUUCACUGCAAAUGGCUUCCAUAGAGCAGAGAAAGGCUGAUGAGAAUGUCUUGAGGCUGGUUGAAGAGCAAAAGAAAGAGAAACAGGAGGCAUUACAUAAGAUACUUCAGUUGGAAAGGAAGCUAGAUGCUAAACAGAAAUUGGAGAUGGAAAUUGAAGAGCUUAAAGGAAAACUGCAGGUGAUGAAGCAUCUGGGUGACGAAGACGAUGCAGCUGUUCAGAAGAAGAUAAAAGAGAUGAAUGAGGAAUUGGAGCUGAAGGUUGAGGAGAUGGGUAGUUUAGAAGACUUAAAUCAAACCCUUAUUGUCAAAGAGCGCCAAAGUAAUGAUGAACUGCAAGAAGCUCGUAAAGAAUUGAUUGCGGGCUUGAAUGAAAUGUUGAGUGGUCGCACUCUUAUUGGGAUAAAGAGAAUGGGAGAACUUGAUAUGAAGCCCUUUCAGAAUGCAUGCAAAGAAAGAUUCCCUUCAGACGCAGAUGUCAAGGCCUCGGAACUGUGCUCCUUUUGGCAAGAAAAGAUGAAGAACCCAGAUUGGCACCCAUAUAAAAUUGUUGCAUGUGAAGAAGGGCAUCAGGAAAUCAUAAAUGAGGAUGAUGAAUUGCUGAAAAAUCUCAAGGAUGAGUGGGGAGUUGAGAUAUAUGAGGCAGUCACAACUGCCUUGAAAGAGAUGAAUGAGUACAAUCCGAGCGGCAGGUAUGUGAUUUCUGAGCUAUGGAACUUUAAAGAGAAAAGAAAAGCCACAUUGAAGGAAGUCAUUGCUUAUAUCUUGAAAAACUUGAAGACACUGAAGCGUAAGAGGUGAUAAGGUUGAGGUGAUGGAGAAAGUUGUGUCCGAGAUGGAAGUUCAGAAGUGAGAAAGGCUCACAAAAGACUGCAAAACUGAUAGAAUCAGAAUUUGAAACUAAUUUCUUUGUAGUUAUCUCCAACUGGGUGUAUGCUACAACAGAACUUGUUAAAUCUAUGUUGCAACUCGCUAGACAUUCUCAUCUUUAAUGUUUUCCAUUAUGUGGAUGGCAUGUUAGUAUCAGCUUUGAACCCCACAUUGUCUUAUGCUUUCUUUUGUUUUGUUUUUCCCUGCAUGUCACUUUUGUUUAUUUUUUCCUAGGUAGGCUGAAACUGGAGUUUUUCUGCUGUGAAUUUAGAGCCAAUUUUGAAAGAGAAUUGAGCUCUUGUUAGUUCUCCUCCAAAA